AUGCGAAAAGCCGGGUACCAGGCUUGCGAGGGGCGGCGCAGGCAGCCUGCAGGGCGCACCGAGGCUUCGUUUUGGGUGCCCCCUCCAGCCCGCGCACCUAAGCUGGGCUACCUGCGCUGGCUGAGAUCGUCACAGCGGGGGAAUCGGGUCCGCGCCGAGCUGCAGUGCUUAAAAAUUCAAGAAACCACGAAGCUGCCCAUUGACCAGAGUGAGUGGGAAGGCUAUUUCGAUGAGAGUGGCCACCUGGUGAAGUCCUGGGAUUUUAUUUCAUCCAACAUCCUUGACAGGGGCCUGGACCCCUCCGUGAGGUCAGAAGCAUGGAAGUUCCUCACCGGGUACUACCCCUGGAGCAGUUCACGAGACGAGAGGCUCGCGGUCGAAGGCAUGAGGAGGAAGAGUUAUGAGUCCUUGGCCAAGAUGUAUGACAAGAUACAGCCAUUGCUGGAGACACAGUUCAGGGGUUUCUCUCAAGUCUGCAGUUUCAUCAACUCGGACCUGCAGAGACUGUACACGAGAGAUGCCCAAGGCCAAACCAGGGUGGACAAGAAGCAGAUGGAAAAGAUCCUUUUGCUGAGCUACGUAUGCAACAUGGAGGCUGAGUACCAACAAGGCUUUCGUGAGAUGCUCCUGCUCUUCCAUCUUCUAGCUGAGCAGGAACAUGAGAUCUACUGGCUCUUCCAGUUCUUCCUCCAGAAAACAGAGCACAGCUGUGUGAUGAACAUAGGUGUGGGGAAGAACUUGGUCAUGCUGAAGGCAUUGAUUACAUUUAUGGAUCCCACCUUUGCAAAACACCUGGAAGGAAAAGGCACACAAGUUAUUCAGUCGCUGUUCCCCUGGUUUUGCUUCUCCUUCCAGCGAGUGUUCAAAUCCUUCUAUGAUGUCUGGAGGCUCUGGGAGGUUUUCCUGACAGGGAAGCCCUGCCGAAAUUUCCAGGUGAUUGUGGCCUAUACACUGCUGCAGACAGUGAGAGACCAGAUCCUGCGGGAGAACAUGGCUGGAGAUGACAUCCUGAUGCUCUGUGGGAACCUCAUAGACCUGGACGCUGACCAGCUGAUCUCUGAAGCCUGCUCCACCUACAACCGCCUCCUGAAACAUGCAGCCAAGGUGCCGACUGCACUGAUGGAGUUCUUCACCCAGGCAAGGAAAUAG